AUGAGAUUUAAUUCAGUAUUUUCUUUCGUUAUUCUAUUCUUUCUGGCAAAGGUGAUUUCUGAGAGGGUAUGUUGGAAUCAAGAUAAAAUAGUGCAAUUUAGAGUUUCUUAUCCUACUAUAGCUGAGUUAACUAAUAGUACUGAAUCUAAGUUUAAGUUAGAAGCGGUUUUCCCAUCUCAAGCAUUUGAUCUAAAACCAGACUCUAACAAGAAUAAUGAUACAGAAAAUUGUCUGCCAUUACCCCGCUAUAACAUUACAUAUGAAUCAUCUGACACCAUCGAAGAAGAUGAAAGUAAAUCAUCAAAGGAGGAAGAAAUGCAAACAAAAUUGGAAAAAAAACUCUUAAGAAAGCUAGUUGAUGCAUACACAAUACCAUUACAAAUGAAAUUUCAAGGUAUUGCUCUUAGUGUUGCUGCUUUCCUCUUGAUUGGGAAUGCCAUUGCAUCUGAUAUCAACGAAAUGCCUCCUUCGCCAAGUGCCAAAGUUACUGCUGUUGGAUGGAAUUGGCCGUGGCCAUCAUACAAGAAUCAUACAACUUUAGUUACCAAGACAAGAAGUACAAAGACCGCAAGUCUUCCUACUACCACAGCAAUCAAAACUUGUCAACCUUAUGACGUUAAGUGCCAUGGAUUCAAGCCGUAUAAACCAGCCCUUCCAACUAAAACAAAAACCGAAGAACAAUUGUUUACAAUCUUGCCCAUUAAGACUAAACCAACCCCUACAAUCGGAAGCAUCAAUGAAGAUGCCACUGUUACAAGUAUUACAACUGAAAAAGAUAAAUGGUUCUCAAUCUUACCCAUUAAAAAUAAGCCAACCUCUUCAGUCGAAAUUAAUGACGAAGAUGUGACCGUUACAACUGUUGCUGCUGAACAGACCAACUAA